AUGGCCUCAAUCCCCGACCGACGAUAUUCCUCACGUCUGGCCGAACCUGCUACGGCCUCAACACAUCAGAACACAUUGGACUCGGAGACAUCCUCGAAUCUAGUCUCGGACUCCCCCUCCCACUAUUCAUCCUUCUCCAGCUCCGAUAGCGACGAACCACUUCCACAUGCAGUCGAGGUUACUGAUGAAGAUGACGCCGGUGACAUGGUGGGGGUGAGCAUCGGGCGCGAGCAGAGCCGCAUGAAGGCCCGAGCAACCCCCCUGGAAGAGAAGAAUCGGGUGUUGGAACACCAGGGGACAUAUUUUACGAUACCGGAUACUGUAGGCGAGGAUGGUCUCUUUGCAUCGGAGAUCACGACCGAGCCAGAGUCGGUGCCAGAAGUUGAAACAGCCCCAACACCAGCGCCAGCGCCAGCGCCAGCACCGCGUGAACGAAGCUUCGGACAUAAGCCUCGGGCGUCAUACCCCUCCCACUAUAAUCAACCUGAACCGGGCCACCUUGCCCAUGGCCCUCGCAGCGAUCUUUUUGCCUCGGGUACUGAAAAGACCGGGUUGAAAGAUACAGCCGUAAGCCAGCGGUCUGGCUUUGUCGGGGCCUUAUUGAAGAACACAUUGCCUCGCCGACAACGCAGCUGGUCCGGCGAGCUCAAGAAAUUCCUACCUGACCUGACCUCUUUGAAAAAACGGCCCUCUCUCGCGUUCCGGGCCCCCAAUGGCCAGAACCGAAUCCGCAGCCAGACGGUAGCACCCGCAGUCAAGAAGAACUCGGGAGUACGAAAGAGAACUUCGUCGCUGGGCGGGCGCCCGCUGCCGUUGCGUCUUGCCCCAAGCGGCUCUAGCAUCGACGAUGACGGAGAAGCUGCUGAGCCGAUACCUGAGCUGCGCUCACCGGAUGGAACCUCGGCCGCGAAACAUUCCUUCGCGCGUAGGCCUAGUUCAGUGAUGCCCGGUCGACCCCCAAGUCUGCGGAGGUCCUCGUCGGAUCAAUCGCUGUAUCUACGGGCGUCGUCUACAGCAUCCUCCCUAGAGCAGCGACCAUUAUACGAGAAUGUACACACUCAGGUAAACAGCCGGUUCAAGGCAAUCAAGGAUAGUCUCCAAGACUCGAGUAGCAGGCUGCUCAGUAUGCCCAAUCUCCAUCUGCAGGAUAUCCGCACUGAUUGGGGCUCUCGUCCAUUCCUGCCAGACCUUGGAAACGGUCCAUCAAAUAACAACGGUGUCAGCACUGCCAAAAAGGAACAACCACCGCGGGCUGUAACCCCGCCGCCGCCAACUCCGCGGACCAAUCCUAACCCAACACAUCCAAUCUUGGAAGAAGCAAUGGCAGAGCUCACGGGCGAUGUCGUGAUUCUAGGAGGCUACCGAGGAUCAAUCCUGCGGUCAGCUAAGCCACCCCACCGUCAACUUUGGGUGCCGAUGAAGGUCGGCCUGAAUCUGCGGAAAGUGGACUUGGAGGUGGGUCUGAACCCAGAGGACGAAGAACGCAUGGAAGAAACCAUCAUUCCAUCUGGGGUUCUCUCCCACGUUGGCCCAGUGGACGUCUGUCGGCGAUUGAUGAAGCGCUUGCGCAAGAGCGAAAAUGCCCAGCGUGGCGAAAUGCGUGUCCAUGACUACGGAUACGACUGGCGUCUAAGUCCCGAGCUGCUCUCACGCAGGCUCAUCUCCUUCCUAGAAAGUCUGCCAUGCAACCAGGAGCCCGCACCGGGUGAUCCCCGACGCGGCGCUACAGUCAUCGCACACAGUCUGGGCGGUCUCAUAACCCGACACGCCGUUAACGAACGACCAGAUCUCUUCGCCGGAGUCGUGUACGCAGGCGUACCACAGCACUGCGUGAACAUCCUCGGACCACUUCGCAGCGGCGACGACGUCCUCCUCAGCUCGCGCGUUCUAACAGCACAAGUAAACUUCACCUUCCGCACGAGCUUCGCACUCCUCCCAGAAGACGGCCACUGCUUUAUCGACAAGCAAAGCAAAAAAGAAUUCCGCAUCGACUUUUUCGACGCCAAAACCUGGGAGGAGCAUCGUCUCUCCCCUUGCAUGGGCCCCGCUCUUCCCGCCCCGCCAACAACUACAAACAGCAAUAUCCUCAACUUCAAAGACAUCCCCCUCCUCGGCAAGCGCUUCUCAAUGGGUCCGCGCGAUGACUCCGACGAAUUCCUCACCCAAGACCUACACAACGUCCCCGUCUCUGCAGUAGACAAAGACAUCCAAGCCCGUAACGCAAACUCACCACACAACCCAUCUUCCUACGCCGCAUACGCAGCCGAGAAAGCCCAAAACCCAGCGGACGGUUUAGUCGGACCAGGCGCACACCCACGCGGCAGCGCUGCAACCUCCAAAAUAGCCACGGCGAGCACCAUCCCGCUCCCUGUAGCGAGGGAGUACCUACAGCGCACCCUGGCAGACACUAAGAGGUUCAAGGAGAACCUGUGGUUCCGACCUGAGCUCCAUUCCGAGAACAGAUACCCGCCUGCGGCGGUGCUGUACGGGAAGACGUUGCCUACUGUAUACGGGGCGCGGGUUGUAUCGCGUGAGAGUAUUAAGCAGGUUGAUGCGUAUGAUGAUCUUGCUUUCGCGGCUGGCGAUGGAGUUUGUCUUGCUUCGGCUGCUAUGCUGCCGCCUGGGUAUAGGAUUAUUAAGGGUGGGUUGGUGAAGAGUGAUCGGGGACAUGUUUCGUUGCUUGGGGAUCUUGAGGGGGUUGGGCAGUGUCUUAGGGCUGUUCAGAGGGGGAGGAAGGAGGGGGUUGGAUUGGGGGAGAAGGAAUUAUUAAGGAUUUGA